GAAUGAGAAGUAGCAAUCCUAUCUACUCCACAGCCAACUACACCGAUGUACAACUCAAGGAACAGGGCAAUUGUCUUUUUGCGGCACGCAAGUACGAUGAUGCCAUCAAGUGUUAUACCAAGGCAAUUAUUAAAAAUCCUGAUGUUGCAACAUAUUUCACCAAUCGUGCCCUGUGCUAUCUGAAACUGAAGCGAUGGGAUCUAUCUUGUCAGGACUGUCGACGAGCACUGGAUAUCGAACCGAAUAUGUUGAAGGCCCAUUUCUUUGCCGGCCAAUCGUUAAUGGAAAUGGAAUUGUACGAUGAGGCAAUAACACACUUGCAACGAGCCUAUGAUUUGUCCAAAGAAUUGAAACAAAAUUUCGGAGACGAUAUAACAUCGCAGUUGCGGCUGGCACGCAAAAAACGUUGGCGUGCCCUGGAAGAGAAACAGAUAUCGAGGGAACUUGAGUUGCAGUCCUAUGUAAAUCGUUUGAUCAAAGCGGAUAUGGAUAAACGUUUGGCCAAAUUGUCUUUGGAGGAAGUGGAGCAGGAGUCAUCGCAACAGCAGAGGGAUACGAAUGAUGAUGAUCUAAAAUUAAAAGAAAAGCAGCAAGAAAUUGAACAAAAAUGUGAUGACUACAUUAAAGAGGUAAAUAAUCUAUUUGCCAAGGUUGAUGAACGGCGCCGAGAACGUGAUGUACCCGACUACUUGUGUGGCAAAAUAAGUUUCGAAAUUUUAACCGAUCCCGUAAUAACACCAUCCGGCAUAACCUAUGAACGUAAAGAUAUUGAGGAACAUUUACAAAGGGUUGGUCACUUCGAUCCGGUGACACGUGUUGAAUUGACGCAGGAACAGUUGAUACCCAAUUAUGCUAUGAAAGAGGUGGUCGAAGCAUUUAUAGCGGAAAAUGAAUGGGCUUUGGAUUAUUAGU